UAAAUUAUUAUGUAUGGGUUUUUGGCUCCAUUCGAUUUGGAGGGAAUAAUGUGCACUUUGAAGUGAAUUUUGAUGUCGAUUCAGCGAGAAAAUGUCGAAAAAUGUACUUCAGCCGUUGGACGUGAAUCGCACGAGUAUGGAUCGGUCGCCUGUGAGGAAGAGGGCCAGGUAUGAUUCUCCAGUGAAGGAAGGAUGGAGCCUCACAUCACACAAUUUGAAGCUGGAUGAAGUCUUUGAUUUUGGUGUUGGUGUAUUGAAUUCUGAUUCUGAAACGCAAACUGAUGAUGAGGAGUGUCCUCGAGAUGCAUCCAGUUAUGAUGACUGUUUGGAACCAACUGCAGAACCUGAUGAACCAGCAGCUGACUCAAUCUCGUUAGACGAUUGGGAUGGAUUUUUAAUUAAAAAACCAGUCAUAUCGAAUACCUCAAUUGAUCAGUUUUGUCGUUUAUCUGAUGAAGUGAUUCUUCACAUAUUCCAUUUCCUUCCCAAAAGGCAGCUGACGCAAAUCGCGUGCGUCUCGAAGCGUUUCCACAGAUUAACCGAAGACGAGAGUCUCUGGGCGAGGAUGGACGUGUCCAAUCGAGUUUUAUAUCCUGGUGCUCUCGGUCAGAUCCUCAGCAGACAAGUGGUGAUUCUGCGAUUGGCGCAGAGUGAGAUCUCACAUCCUGCCAUUAUGCCGGACUGCCGAGCUUCGAACGAAGACUUCCAGUCGCGUCUCCUCUACUUGGAUUUGAGUCUGGUGCACGUAUCACCAGAAAGUUUGACGUCGCUCUUCACCAAGUGCCAGAGACUCAAGAAACUCAGUCUCGAGCACGUCCAGAUCAACACGGAAGUGCUUCAAGCUUUAGCGCAGAACAAAGAGCUGGAGGUCUUGAAUCUGGCGAUGGUCCAGGGGAUCGAAGUUGACGGAUUGAAGGUUCUCCUCAAAAAUUGCAAAAAGUUACGCGAAUUAAAUUUGGCGUGGACGUUUCUGAGUUGUCCUUCCAUCAAACUGUUGUGCGCUCAACUGCCGAAGACCCUGGACAGACUAAACAUAUCCGGAUGCCGGAAACUACUCACCGACAACUACGUCCUGGACUUGGUAAAAUCAUGCCCCGGACUGAGAGAACUCGACCUAUCCGACUGCACAGGCCUGACGGGGACCGCAAUACAUCACAUAAUCCUGCUGGAGGAUCUCAACUUCCUCGCGCUCUCGCGCUGCUAUCUCAUCCCCUACAGAUCCCUGCUCACGCUCAAGAAGGUCAAAUCUCUGGUGUAUUUGGACGUACACGGAGGAUACAUCGACUACACCGAGCUGAGGAUUAUCCAGGAUGGAUUAGGGAGUCACAUACACAUCAACAAGUUCAAGUUUAGCUCGGUGGCGCGGCCCACGGUUGGCGCCAGACGAUCAUCCAUAUGGAAUAUGCGAGUGCGUGACUAACCAACGACGUACAACAAACAAGACUGAGAGAGAGAGAGAGAGAGAAUUUGAACAACGAGUCAAAUAUGAGAAACCUCGAUGAAAAUUGUGAUAAUAAGUAAAUAAUAAUUUUUUUUUUUUGUUUGUACGACAUCAAGUGAUAACGGAAAUCCGCUUACGUUCCCUUCAUCAUUAUUUUUGGUUGUAUUUUCUUCGUCUUUCCUUUAUACCUAUCAUAUAAAGAAAUGAUAUAUUUAUAUAUAUAUAAACAAAUAUAUGUUUGUGUAUGUACGUCUACCAAGAAAACUAUAUAGUAAUUAUACAUGCUCUGGUAUUAUCAACUGUUAUGUUCUACUUUCUAUUACAGAAAGUUAUUUAUAGCUAAAUUUAUUUAACAAAAAUUAAUUAUAAUUAAUACCUCGUGCGAGUUUUUUUUUUAGUAGCCUUUGUGUUUUGUUUAAUUUUUACGGUACUUCAUUAACAAAUCAUGUAGCCAGCGAUACAGAAAGUGUAUUAUAAAGUUUAUAUAGAUUAUAUAUUUAUACGUAUAUAUGAAGGUUUUUGAAUAGGUGCAUAUAGCAAUAAAUCGUAUAUUUCGUUAAUCCCUCUUUUUAUGUGGUUCUUAGGACUUUAUAUUGUAACAAACGCAUGCAGAAGAAUUUAUACAUUUAUAUUAAUUGUCAAUAAACGAUCUCUGAAUAAUUUAA